CGGUAAUAACCACAAUCCUGGUAACAAGAGCAACAAUGCCGCCCACUCCAUUCGGCGCUCCCAUGCGCGAGCACUUCCAGCUCGACCCGAACUACAAAAACCUCAACCACGGCUCCUUCGGCACGCACCCAACCCAAAUAACGCAAACCCUCCAAACCUACCAAAAAGCCGCAGACCGCACCCCGGACGCCUUCCUCCGCUACACCCAACCGUCAGCCCUAACAACCGCCCGCACCACAAUCGCCGCGCACCUCAACUGCGCGCCCCAAGAUCUGGUGUUCGUGAAAAACGCAACAACAGGCAUCGCGACGAUCCUGCAUAACCUCCUCCCCAGCUUCUCGCCGGGGGACACGCUCAUCUACUUCUCGACGAUCUACGGGGCGGUUGAGAACGGGAUUUUCUCCCUUCUGGAUCGUGUUGGGGGUGGGGUCGGGUUGGAGGUGCGGAAGAUCGAGUACGGGUUUCCGGCUAGUCAUGCGGAGAUUGUAGGGUUGUUCCGGGGGAUGAUUCGCACGAUCCGGGCGGAGGGGAAACGGCCACGCAUCGCCGUGUUUGAGAGUGUGGUUAGUUUACCGGGCGUGAGGUUUCCCUUUGAGGCGCUGAUCGGGGUUUGUGGGGAGGAGGGGGUGUGGAGUUGUGUUGAUGCUGCGCAUGGGGUGGGGAUGAUUCCGCUCGAUUUUGGGAGGGAGUUUGGUGGUGGUGGUGGUGGUGGUGAGGGAACGGAGGGAGCAGUGGCUGGUGUGGAUUUUUUGACGAGUAAUUGUCAUAAGUGGCUAUACACCCCCCGCAGCGCCGCAAUCCUCUACGUCAAACCCGCCCUGCAACCCCUCCUCCGCACCACCCUCCCCACCUCCUGGGGCUAUAUCCCCCCUCCGUCGCAGAGUAUCAGACCCUCGCUGAUGGCGUCUACCUCGGGACAAUCGUCUACGAAGACACCCUUCGAGUCGCUGUUCGAGUUCGUCGCUACCGCCGACGAUACGCCCUAUCUUUGCGUUCCUGCUGCGCUGGACUUCCGGAGGGAGGUCUGCGGCGGGGAGACGGCGAUUUAUGCUUAUUUGGAGGAGUUGGCGGUUCAGGCGGCGGAUCUUGUUGCCGAGGCGUUGGGGACGGAGGUUUUGGGGGCGGAUUUGGUUUCUUCUUCUUCUUCUUCGUCUUCUAUCAGCCCUGGACAUCAGGGAGGGGAAAACUCAACGAGGAGUCCCUGGCGGCGAUGCGCGAUGAAUAACGUGCGGUUACCGGUUCGGGUUGGGGAUUCUUCGCUGACGGACAAGAAGGAGGCACAGGCGGUGGUCCCGGCGGACCGCGUCCCUGCUGUCGUGGACUGGAUGCAGAGGAGGCUGGUCGAGGAUUACGGCACGUUUGUGCCUGUGUUCGCGCAUGCGGGCUGGUUGUGGGUGCGGUUGAGUGCGCAGGUGUAUCUUGAUCGAACUGAUUUCGAGUGGUUGGUUCCUGUGCUGAAGGAGUUGGUGGGGCGGGUUGAGGGGGAGCUUUUGGAGUGA